AUGCCUGCUGAUCAGGAUGUUUCUCUUAAUCCAAAUUCUGCCUAUUACCUCAGCAAUAAUGAUCUUAAUGCUUCGAAGUUGGUUAAUAUAGUGUUUGAUGGCAAAUGUUUCAAUGACUGGAAAAGGUCUAUGGUGAUUGCUCUGUCAGCUAGGAACAAAUUGUGCUUUGUUGAUGGAACACUGAAUCAACCUGCAGCUAAUUCAACAAACUUCAGGAUCUGGAAUAGGUGUAAUGACUUAGUGAUAUCCUGGAUGCUAGGUUCUCUUGAGGUUUCAAUUGCAAGAAGUGUAUUAUACUUGAAGACAGCCAGAGAAAUUUGGUUAGAUCUUGAGGAAAGAUUUUGUCAAUCUUCUGGUCCACAGUUGUUUUCAGUGCAACAAAAACUUUGUGAUUUGAAUCAAUAUGAUGAUGAGCAAAUUUCAAGUUUCUUUACCAAGAUCAAGCUUCUUUGGGACCAACUUGAUGGUCUGGAUCCACUUCCAUCAUGUGUUUGUACAGGCUGUAGUUGCACACUCACACAGAAACUUCUGAAGUCACAACAAGAUCAAAGGUUGAUUCAAUUCCUAAUGAAAUUAAACCAGAAAUAUGAUCAUUCGAAGAGUACUAUUCUUAUGAUGAGUCCAUUGCCAACAAUUUCAAAGGCAUAUGGAUUACUUCUGCAAGAAGAGCAGCAGAAAGAAGUCAACAGCAACAGGAAUCACAAUCUAGAGUCAACUGUGUUCACUGCAAGAAAAUUUACUGAUAGCAGACCAUACAAGUCUACUUAUGCCUCUAAUUCUGGUAAUUUUGGUACUCAGAACGCAAACAAAGAAAUUUCACCUAUUCUAGGAACAAUCUAUAUUGUGAGCAUUGCAAAAUGA